AUGAAUACAUCUGGCCAACAACAAGCAUCAUCUACAGAUAAUACAACAGCUCCUCUUCCAUUAACUUCUGAUCUUACUGAUAAUAAUAAUUCUGAACGACUUAAACAACAUCAAACUCAACGAUUAACACAACAUGUAAAUGGUUUAACAUCUACAACUACCACAUCAUCAUCAACAACAAGUCCAAAUACAUCAAGUAGUAAUGGAUAUGAAGCAUCAUCAUCCAAUGGUAAUACUUCUCAUAUACGUAAUCGUCUUACAUCAUCAUCAACACAAACAGUUUUAACCGGUUCAUCUUACCCAUCAAAUAAUGGAAAUAUAAAUUCUUCAAGAAUAUUUACAAAUAGUCAAAAGGAAAUUUUAAGACUUAUUGGACAACAUCUACAAAGUAUUGGAUUAAAUAAAACAGUCGAUAUUCUUAUUCAUGAAAGUGGUUGUGUACUUGAACAUGAACAGGCGUCAAAUUUCCGUGAACUUGUUAUGUCAGGAAAAUGGACAGAAGCUCUUGUUGCACUUGAAAAACUUAAACAAUAUAUUGAAGAACGUGAUGGCAUUCAGCAAAUGAAGUAUUUAAUACUUGAACAGAAAUAUUUCGAAUUAAUUGAAGAUAAUCGAGCUAUGGACGCACUUCAAUGUUUAAGAAAUGAAAUUCAAGGUUUAAAAAUACGUAUUGAACGUACACAUGAACUAACAACAUUUCUUAUGUUUAAUUCAAUAAAAGAUAUGUAUAAAGCAUCUAAUUGGAGUGGAAAAGGUUUUGCAUCAAGACAAAAUCUUAUGGAAAAAUUACAAAAAUAUCUUCCACCUGAUAUAAUGUUACCACCAAAAAGACUUGAAUCACUUUUAUCCCAAGCUGUUGAUUUACAACAAGAACGAUGUACAUAUCAUGUUAAACCAGGCAAAUUAACACUUGAUGAUGUUUCAUUACUUAAAGAUCAUGCAUGUACUAAACAAACAUUCCCUUGUGUUACAAUACAAACUUUGACCGAACAUUCAGAUGAAGUAUGGUUUUGUAAAUUUUCACCCGAUGGUACUAAACUUGCUACUGGUUCAAAAGAUGGUUAUUUACACAUAUACGAUGUAGAUAUGCAAACAUAUAAAAUGAAAUUACGAAAACAAUUUGAAGGACAUUCAUUUGGAAUUGGUUGUAUCGCUUGGUGUCCAUUUAGUCGAUAUAUUAUUGCCUGUGGAACAGAUGAAUGUAAUGAAAUAUGGAUUUGGGAUGUUGAACAAGAAGAACAACGAUCACGUAUGAAUCAUUCAUCAGAUGAUAGUUUAACUUGUGCUGCUUGGUUACCAUGUGGACAACGAUUUGUAUGUGGUGGAUCACGUGGACAAUUCUAUUAUUGUGAUAUUGAAGGAAAUGUUAUCGAUAGUUGGGAAGGUGUUCGUUUACAAUGUUUACAUGUCACAAAUGAUGGAGUUAUAUUAGCAGCUGAUACACAAAAACGCAUUAGUUCAUAUAAGUUUGAUAGUUUAACUGAUCAACAAAUAAUUCAUGAAGAUCAUCCAAUUAUGUCAUUCACUGUUAGUAAAGACGGUCGAUUAGCACUUCUUAAUAUUGCUACGCAGGGUGUUCAUAUAUGGGAUUUACAUGAUAAACAAUUAGUUCGUAAAUAUCAAGGUGUAACACAAGGACAUUAUGUAAAUCAUGCAACAUUCGGUGGACCAAAUGAAGAAUUUAUCGCAAGUGGUAGUGAAGAUUCGAAAGUUUAUUUAUGGCAUCGACGACAAGAACGUCCUAUUAUGGUAUUUUCAGGUCAUACACGUACUGUUAAUUGUGUUUCAUGGCAUCCAACAUUACCAUUACUUUUUGCAUCAGCAUCUGAUGAUGCAACUAUUCGAAUUUGGUCGACGCCUGAACAUCAAAUGAAAACAGGUUGGUAUCUUUAG